AUAUGAAGCUUUUACCAUUUAAACUAAAAUAUGGAAGCGAGUGAAUCACGAUUUAAGGCAGGAUUUGACAAAUUUCGACACUCCAAUCGCCUGGCAGUAUUUAUAGUUUACGCGACUUUGAUGGUGGAUAACAUGCUUCUGACUUGUGUAGUUCCAAUAUUGCCCGAAUAUUUCUUCCAUGAGGAAGCUAAAGAAUUCUCCUCCUUAACCGGUAUACAUGAAGUAAGUACUCGUUCUUUAGAAAAACAAACCACGGAGGGACAAACAACAGAGACAACUCAUGUUUCUAGAAACGGUACAGGAAGCGAAUGUCUGGAAAGUCGUAACAAGCAGUUCUUAGCAGCCGAAAAUCUAUUUCUCGCAUUCCUUCUUGCCUCGAAACCGUUUAUUCAAGCAAUAGCAAAUAUUGCGGUUGGCCCUCUGACUGACCGAUUUGGUUACGACGUACCGAUGUUCUCAGGAUACAUAGUUUUGGUAGUAUCUUCGCUAAUUUUUGCUUUCGGAAAGACGUAUCCCGUCCUAUUUUUUGCUCGUGCAUUACAAGGCAUUGGAUCAGCGUGUGCCUCAACAGCUGGACUGGCAAUGCUUGCAAGCAGAUUUCCAGAUGACGAAGAAAGAGGAAAAAUGAUGGGAAUCGCACUAGGAGGCCUGGCAAUGGGGGUUCUAAUCGGUCCAAGUUUCGGUAGCGUCACUUACGAACUGGCAGGAAAAGAAACACCAUUUCUGGUGCUCGCUGCUGCUUCAUUUAUCAUAGGAUCACUUCAGUUAAGUUCAAGGCAAUUACAGCUUUCGAAUUCUGGUCAGCAAGGCCCGUUGUCGUUUUCUAUAUUUAAAAUGCUUAAAGACCCGUUCAUUUUACUGGGAGCAUCGGCACUGAUGUUGGGAAAUUUAGGAAUUGGUUGCAUGGAAACGGGUCUUCCAAUCUGGAUGAUGACGACUAUGUGCGCUGAGAAGUGGAUGCUCGGAGUUGCCACUCUUCCUGUGAGCAUUUCAUACCUGAUAAUGACAGUCGUUACACCAAGGAUAGGUAGUGUUAGACAUAGAUGGAUUAUUUGUCUUAUUUCUUAUUUCGUCGCAGCCGUUGGGUGUGUGACUUUUCCGCAAUCGAAAACAUUUUUUCAGUUAUUCGGGCCCGGCAUAUUACUCGGAAUUGCUGUGGGAAUGGUCGAUGCAACUAUACUUCCUAUAAUGGGAAAUUUGGCAGAUAUCAGACACGCGUCUAUUUACGGAAGCGUUUACGCAAUUGCAGACGCUUCUUUUUGUUUUGCAUUUAUAAUAGGUCCUUUACUAGCUGGUUCAGUAAUUCGGUUCAUUGGUUUUGCUUGGCUAAUGUAUUUGGUCGCUAUACUGAAUGUCAUAUUUGCACCUUUCGUCAUUUUUCUGCGAAAUCCACCUUCACUUGAUGAUGAGAAACAGGCUAUAAUCAACAAUGAAAAUGGAGAUGAUACUGUUUCAUACGACCCCCAACUAUCUUCAGUUGGAAGAGUUAUGGAUAUGGAAAAAUAAGAAAUUUUGAAAUGAAAAAAAAAAACUGAAAAUUGAAAAUCUUUCAAUUGAUAAAAUCGAGUUAAGAAGCUUAAAAUGAAGUAUUUCAAAUAAAUAUCCAAUUAAGCAGCAUCAAAUAGAAUUUCUAAUAUGUUAGCUGGUAAAAUUUGAUUUCAAUCUUUUUUUUUUGCGACAGCUGAUCUAAUUAUAUCGGUACGAGCUCAUUAUAAUACUAGACUCAGUUAUUUCACAAUCACAAGUGUUCUCUUUCUAUGUGUUGGUGAUUGAUUAUUUUGCCAGUGCUAUAAUUCUAUUUAUAUCACGCGAAGGCGGAAAAGUUUGAUACUAUUCUUUGCAUUAUAUUGUUAUUAAUAUGUAUGCAUUUGCUCGAAUGAAUAAGAGGAAUUAAUAAAUGGAUAUUCCGUAUGUUGAUUAGGAGUUUUGGAUCAGAUUCAAGUUUUACUCUAGGAUUAUUGCAUAUGUAGUGCAUGCUCGCUCUUUUUAGUUACCCUUUCUGAUGAUCCUUGUUUGUUUUCGUGAAUCUCAUACUUUUGUCAUUUUUGUUUUGCAAAGCACAUCAUAUAAAAACUAUUUAUGCAUUAUAA